UCAUUACGGUGACUGGAGGCUGCUCAGUGUCUGAGAGCAGCCCGGGAACGCAGCCACCACUAAGAGCUGCACAGAGGGACCCCCGCCUCCCAGCCCCCAGCCCCAGCUAGGAGCCUGGGCAGGGCUCGAUUAUAUAACACUCCCUCCCAUUUGCAAGCGUUUCCACGACCAAGCGUGAGUAGAGGCUCUUCGCUCUUACGUGCCGCACCUGGGGAGCUCCAAGCACUGGGCCAAGGCAGAUCGGCCAUCAGCCCCGGCCCCGCCCUCGGGAGAGGAAAAUGAAAAGCCCCCUGGUGCUGACGGUGCUGCUGUCCUUAGCGGCGGCCAAGCUGUGUCACACCUACUGCGAAGGGACCCAGGAGCAACAGACCAGCAGAGGGAUCCAGACAAAGCCGAGCUCAGACCUCUACCAGCUGCCCACGGCCCUGCUCAAGAGACUCUACGAUGGCCACCGGGUCUCCUACGAGGCGCUGCUGCAGCUGGCGGGCAAGGACGAUGCCCGUCCCAAGAUGCCCGUCCCCUCUCAGAAACGGGACAUGCACGACUUCUUUGUCGGCCUCAUGGGGAAAAGGACCCCGGAGCCCGAUGACCCCACACACGGGAACAAGGAGACUUCCGCUGGAUUUGGUGACCUCAAAUAUCCCCCAAAUGCAGAAUGAGGUGCCCACGCCGGGGACAAGCAAAACGUCUGCAGCGCGUCGAGAAAAUGAGACGAAGCCGCUCUCCAAAGCCCGCCGCACUCUCAACUGAACGGGAACCCUCCUGCCAUGUCGUGGAGAACUCUCCCCUCGUCCCAUUCCGGCCUGCGCCUCGUCCUAAUGCUAGUGCUCGCUCUUUGGAAAUAGAGUAAUGCCCCCGCCCCUCCGUGUGCACCGACCGCAGACACCCCGGGCAGCCAGCAGAACCCCCUUUGUGGCGUAGAUUAAAAACACCCUUGACUAGUCAAUAACACCACGAUUUUUACUUGUGAGCUGCCCUGUCUCUCAGCUGCUUUGCCUGAUGUUUCCUAGGAUUGGGUUGUUUGCUGAAGCCCCAGUCACGUGUCCAGGAUACCACCGUGCUGGGCGCUGGACGGACACAGAAUGAAAAGCCAAGCCCUGCCCCAUGCCUAGGAACACUCCUUUGCAGAGGGAAAUGUUCUCCAGGUGGGAGCAGGGGUAUUAAGGCUCGUGCUUCAGGGCUUACUCUGAUUCCUAACUAUAAAAGACCAGGUUUGUGCUAUGCAAGGCAUCAAUGCAGUUCAGGGUUCCUAUGCCUUCCUCUCUAGCCUCUGGCGCUGGUCACUGCCAGAGACAGGAUACUGGGCGAGGUGGCCCACAGGUCUGAUCCAGCCCCGCAAUUCCUAUGCUCCUCGGCACAGAGAGGUCAGGUGAUUUGCCCAAAGUCCAGUGAGGAGCAGAGCUGGGAAUAGAAUCCGGAUGUCCUAAUGCCCAAUCCUGGGCUUGAAACUCAAGCCUGGCCUUUCUCCCUUCUCCCAUGCCUUAGUAACUAGGUACCUUCCCUAGCUUCUUGCAAUGUUGCCCAUCAAUGCAGUAUCCCAGCCUCGGAGGUAACAAGCAAAAAAUCCCGCUUGGUUACUCUAGAGAGCUGGGCAGAACGUUUGCAAUUAAACUUUUUUUUUUCUUGUCAAAAUCUGCUGUUGAAACCGUGUGGCGAAGGCAUCUCUAUUUUGACAGGAAGGUGGCGAGGGGCAGGGCUAGGGUGACCAGACAGUAAAGGUGAAAACCAGGACGGGGGUGGGGGGGUAAUAGGAAUCUAUAUAAGAUAAAGACCCAAUAAUCGGGGCUUUCCCUAUAAAAUCGGGACAUCUGGUCACCCUAGGCAGGGCGGACUCGCUGGUUACUUGCAGCGAGGGGCCCAGCUUGAAAAUGUGACUGUGUGGAUCCGAAAAGGGGCCUUUGCUCGUUUGCCUGGCAUUGUACAGAGACAAGGUGGGGGAAGCAAUAUGGGACCAACCUCGAACUGCACAGAGCUCUUCUUCAGGGCUGGGAAAGGUCCUCGGAGUGUCAGGCGGCUCAUUGCAAGGUGGGACAGAUUGUUAAGCAUAAACAGCUGACAUAUACUGUGAGAGGUCAUUCAAAGGGUGCGGGGCUUACAGAGGGUUGUAACGAGCCAUCAGUCUGUCUCUACUGAGUCCAUACUUCUUAGCAUCUAGCAAAGUUCGGAAUUGUAGCUCCCAGUCCAGCGCACUAGGCCGUAGUCUUGAUCUCAAUCCUGCCUGAUGUUUAUACUGUCCCCUUAGUCGACUGGUAUCCGUCCGUAACACUUCCCAGAUGCAUAAGCAUUGGCCGUUUCAGGAAAGCCUUUAAGAUGCAUCUCCUGGAAGUUCACAAGCUGCCUUUUUUCUGCCCACUUUGCUAACUCGCUGACUGAGUGGGACUCUGGCUCAGACCUUUUGGUUUCACUCCCCCACUCUUUCAAACUGUCCUUUCUCUCUAAUCAGCUAAGAGGUGAUCCUGGAAAGUUCAGAGCCAGGUUGAAUUUUAUUAGCAGAGUGGCCAAUAGAAAUGGCUGCAGGCCAUCAUUUAACCCCUUCAUUGCUGUAAUUACAGCUGUAAUUAGGGUACGAACAACGCCUGGGAAAGCAGCACCUCUUUAGAGGGGCUCCUGUUGUGUCUGAGUCAUCGAUUUGUGUCACUGAUGCAAUGCGGGGAGAGGGAAUGGAUUUCCACUUGGGUAUCAGCAGAAGGCGCAUCGGCUCAAUUCCCACGGCAGUAUCUUUCUCUGUUGCAGAUCCCAGCUGGAUUUGGGGAGAAGUGGGGGGUUAGUAGCACCAGCGGUAAGAACAAUCAAGCCAUGUUCUCUUCCUCCCUGCAACAGCAGGGCCAAGGGAGCCGGUUGUGGCUCCAGGAUUCUGUGCCCUGGUUCCGGGUCAGAGCGCAUGGGAGCCAACUGCAUGCCCGCUGUGGAGAUUCCUCGAUGUCAAAGGGGUGCUUUCUGUGACUUUUGCUCCCAAAGGGCGGGGAACGGAGUACAGAACUUGCUCUGUCAUCUUUACCUUGAGCACGGUUGUCAAGGAGCCAGAGUAAAUUCUAGAUGCCACAAGGGUGGAUUAUCGGCCCCUUUGUCCAACCAGAGGAACACCUAAGAUACCUGUCAUCACGGGAUGCUCCCUGUGGCUGCAUCGUGAUGCUCACAGAUGUGCAGUGCAGAAGCAGUUAACUACCAAAAGCCUAAACAAUACAAAAUUCAGAUCCACAGUAAGAAUCGUUUAGCAGGACAGUGGCCUCAGGCCCAGCCUCCCACGGCCCUGCCCGUGGAGAAAUCAGAGAUGCGUUGCAUUUUAAGAUCCAGGUUUCCCUCUGAAGUGGGAGGCAGGCGCAGUUAGUGCUGACAGACAGACUCGGAUAAGCCCUCCUGUUAGCGGGCACCGUGUGCUUGUCUGAUGCAACCACGCUGCCCUCUUGCGAAUUUGGUUCCUCCCGCAGCUCUGACACCAGAAUGCUGUGGGAACCGGCCAGCGACUCAUCUGAAAGGUGGGAUUUGCCAAAGGCACAGAUCUAGUGUCCAGCUCAGGGCAAGUCCAGGAUCUUUACUGGCUCACCUGCUUUGGCUGCUAGUUGGGGUCUCAUGUGACUCAGAUGGUCCAGAAGUCAAAUCGCUUUAGGUGCUGCCAGGAGCUAUGCAAGUGGUUCUGUGCAGGUGUUUUCAGAUGGACCCAGUCAGCAAAACCGGGCCAAACGCUGACCAGAGGACUGCAGAGGCGGUCAAAGUGCGUGAAUGACACGGGCAGGGUGCUCAGUCUCCCGGAUUGCUUCCAGUAGUCACCGGGAGAUCAAUGCCGAUUCUGGGAGACUCCAGGCGAAACCUGGAGGGUUGGCAACUCUUGAUAGAGGCCAGGGGCGCUGUUUCUCCUCCCUGGCCCCUUGCUCUGCUCUGCCCCGGGCUGUGUGAGGAUUGGUGCAAAAAGGCAGCUGGUUCUGGCAGUGAUCCCCAGACACCCCCCUGCCAGGAGCUCUGUUCCCCACCCCAGCCUUAAGGUGUUCCUGCCCCAGCAGGCCCUCGCUCACCUGCUGGCCCUUACUUGCAUGUUCUCCAGGGCCAAAUUGUCCUCCUCCCCCAUGUUCCCCAGGCUCCAUCCCACCCUGCAGUGUCCCCAGCUUGCUUGGUGGUUGGGGGGCACAGGGGGGCACUGCACCCUCUGCAGAUCCUUCUCUCAGGUGACCCUGGCCUGACUGCCCCCAGCUCU